AUGUGCAAUUCACUUGUCGAAAAAACCAAACCGAGAGUAGAGAAGAGAAUUCCGAAUGCAGUAGAUGAGGAAGAUGUCGAUUCGGAGGACGAUGAUUCGGCUCCCUCUGAUGACGAAGCUUUCGAGAUAUUCCGGACAAAGUUGAAAGCGUUUGUUGAUCCUCCCGAGAAGGGGGUCGACCAGGGGAGAGUGGAUCCAGAGGAAACGUCCGAGGAAGGGAACAACAAUAUCGCCGACGGAAAAAUGACGUCUACAGAGAUUCUCGUCUGUAUUAGAUGUGAUUGCGACGGCGUUCAGGAAGCCACGGCAGCCAAUUCCAAGAGGCAAGAUAAGGGUAGAGUGGAAAUGCAACAGAAGUGUGGGCACACAAUCUACGAUGACUUCAUCGAGCUUGUGCCAGGAGCCACAAACCGCACGUCUGGAAUUGUGAUUGUCUUCCCUACUCUUGGAGCUUUGAAAGUGUGA